AUGGAGAGAGUGAGAGUUGCGAUGGAGAGAGUGGGCUUGCGAGGAGGAGAGCGGAGCGGUUGCGAGGAGGAGAGCAGCUGCGAGGGAGAGAAUGUCGAGCGGCCUGAGAAGUAUGAGGCAAAGAAAGAUCCAAAGUACGCGCACAGGCACAAGGUAGAAGAGGAGAUUAAUGCAGCAGCUCUUACAAAUAUGCAAUUUUGUUUGGUAGUACAGAAUAUACAGAUCAAGGAUAUUUUCAUCCCAAAUUCUCUCUGUUCUCUCGAAACCCUUUCACCCUUCUUUAUCUCGAUCUCCAAAGGACACCAUGGCAGAAUUCUUCCUUUGUCAGCAGCAGCUGCAGUAGGAGCAGGCCGCGGCUUUGUUUUCCAUGAGCAUCAUGAGAAGAAAGAAGAGGAAGAAGCUCAUGGAAAGAAGCCUCACCAUCUCUUUUAA